AUGGCAGGCAGACAACCAGCAAAAGGUUCCAACGCAUUCAAUCCAAAACAAUACGAACGCCCUGGCCUCACUGAGGACGAAAUUGAAGAAAUCAAAGAAGCUUUCGAUCUCUUCGAUACCGAUGGAUCUGGUACAAUUGACCCAAGAGAACUGACCUCUGCAAUGCAGUCUCUCGGCUUUGAAGCCAAAAACCAAACCAUCUACCAAAUGGUUAGCGACUUAGACAAGGACGGAUCAGGAGCAAUUGACUUUGACGAGUUUCUUGACAUGAUGACUGCCAGGAUGAGCGACAAAGACACUAGAGAAGACAUUCAAAAAGUUUUCAGGCUGUUUGAUGAUGAUAAAACUGGAACCAUCAGCAUUAAGAACCUCAGAAGAGUAGCCAAAGAGCUUGGAGAGACCAUGACUGAUGAAGAGCUGCUUGAAAUGAUUGAAAGAGCUGAUAGUGACGGCGACGGACAGGUUUCCUUUGAAGACUUCUAUAAUAUCAUGACUAAGAAAGCCUUUCCAUAA